CCCAGUUCGUCAUCUCUCAGUUUGAAACAAAAAGAGAGAGAGCAGAGAGAAGACGAGAUGAUGAGAGAUGUUAUUGACAAAUGACUACCGGGGACCUACAUGGUACUGCUCACGUGACUGGGCCCAAACAACCCGAGCACUCCAAACUCGGAGCAUGGAAGACGUUCUCAUAAAAAAGAGAGAAAAAAGAAUAUUAAAGUAGAUGGACAGGUGUGAAAACACGUAGGUAAAAUGGAGCUGAGAGAGAGAGAGAGGAGAAAUGGGAUUUGGGCACAACCGCACAAAACGUACUGGGCAUAAUACGCUCCAACCUUCUUUUGUUCCCUCAGAAGUUCGUACUUCUCGCGAUUUCCUUGUUCCGAAACACAAAAGAAAAAGAAAUGAGGGGUUUGGCAAGAUUGAUCGGACGCAGUCUUUCAUCUCACAAAAGAUUCCAACCUACUACCUUCCGCUGCUUCUCUCGCCGGACCUAUUUCCUCUCUGCUUAUUUGGGUCGCCGUAUCUCCCCCUCUUCUUCUUCUUCUUCUUCUUCUCCUUUCGCUUCUACAAAAUGGGGCCUUCUUUCAGGGCAGAGGAGAAGCAUGUUCAUACAAACACAGUCCACACCCAAUCCUGCAUCUCUUAUGUUUUACCCCGGGAAGCCUGUUAUGGAAGUUGGCAGUGCAGACUUCCCGAAUGCCCGGUCCGCCAUGAAUUCCCCACUGGCCAAGGCCCUUUAUGGAAUUGAUGGUGUCACUCGAGUGUUUUUUGGAUCAGAUUUUGUUACUGUAACUAAGUCAGAAGAUACUUCAUGGGAUCUUUUGAAGCCAGAAAUCUUUGCAGCAAUCAUGGACUUUUACUCUUCUGGGGAGCCACUCUUUCUCGACUCAAAAGCUGCGGCAGCAAAGGACACUGCUAUUAAUGAGGAUGAUUCAGAAAUAGUUGCCAUGAUCAAAGAAUUGUUGGAGACUCGCAUCAGACCAGCAGUUCAAGAUGAUGGCGGGGACAUUGAGUAUAAGGGAUUUGAUCCAGAAACCGGAAUAGUUAAACUGAGCAUGCAAGGAGCGUGUAGUGGCUGCCCAAGCUCAUCAGUCACCCUGAAAUCUGGCAUUGAAAAUAUGCUCAUGCAUUAUGUACCUGAGGUCAAAGGUGUGGAGCAAGAACAUGAUGAAGAAGAUGAAGAUGCAGCAUUAACGGGGCAUGUGGAGUAGAGAUUUAUAAUUUUCUUCAAAGGAGGCAUAAUUUUAGAUAGAAUGGAGAGCUCACGAGGGAUUGGGUAGCAUUCCUGUACAGUAGCAAAUAAAGUUGUAUUUAAUUUAUUGAUUGGCCACUAUCAUAGAAUUAUUGAUGUUAUAGUAAGAAUUUAGAGCUUUAAAUUGUAUAACGGGAAGGAUGACUGGUUUACUUGGUCAAUCAAAAUUUUCCUGUUUUUCAGAAGGCGACUGAUGCAUUUCUAAUUUCCCCAAGAGAUCUGGGUUGAACGUGUUUCACUUCGUGUUGAAAUGCAUGUUUUGGAUUCUUGGCUGUGCGUGGUGAAUAUGUCAUCACAGGGUCACAUUUCGUAAUUUUUGUAUGUGGCGCUA